GGGAAGGUGGCGGUUCCCUGAGGAGGUGUCUGUGCUUUAAAGCCGCUGCUCUCCGCCCCCCUCCCCGCAGGGAAGGCUGAGGGCGCUGCGGGCGCUGAAGUCUGUGGUGAGGUCCCCGCCCCGGAGCCCCUCACAGCGAUUCUUCUGACUGAGUGUGAGGUGAGCUGAUGAACAGGCUGUGUGGUCACCUUUGAAGGCACAUUCUGUGACUCCUCAACAUACUGUCACCUGAGGAAACAUCCCAGACCCCAAUCAGGACCAGGACCACAUGGCUGCUCCUCAGGGACCGCUGACCUUCAGGGAUGUGGCCAUCGAUUUCUCUCAGGAGGAGUGGGAGUGCCUGGACCCAGCUCAGCGGAAGUUGUACCUGGAUGUGAUGGUGGAGAACUACAGCAACCUGGCCUCCCUGGCUAUGCCACCUAAAGAUAACCAGGCCUUUAUGCCAAAGCCCGGAAUACAGGAUUUAUUAUCUGAAAUGAUACUGAGGAACCCCGGAGACCAUGGCAGAUUUGCGGUUGAAGAAUAUUAUUAUUUUGCAUCAAAUGUUUUGUAUAUUGACAGCAUGAUCACAGGUGGUAGCUGCGCAAGCGCGGCCUCUCCGAAGCCCCGCCCCUCGCGCGAGCCCGGCCCCCGGGACGUCCCUUCCCCUCCACCGCCAUCUUGUAGGAGCUCGGAAGGUGGGAGAGGCGGCCAAGGUCGCACUGCGGAGCACUCCCAAGACUCAUCUCUAAAGCCAACCAUAAAAGAAUCAUUCCAGAAAGUGCUACUGGCUGAAGUAUCAGACCAGGAACAUCCACACAAAUAAAAUCUCAGCUCGGUUGUUUCAUUUUUUGGUACUCUGCUGAGGAACACUGAGGUGGUGCAGCAAUGAAAAUAAUACAUAAGUUGAUGCCGAAACCGGUUUGGCUCAGUGGAUAGAGCGUCAGCCUGCAGACUCGAGGAUCCCAGGUUCGAUUCCGAUCAAGGGCACGUACCUUGGUUGCAGGCACAUCUCCAAUAGGGGGUGUGCAGGA